AGGCAACCCCGAAGCCGUGCAUCGACUGGGAGAAAUGCACUUCUUCGGCGACGCCCAAGCCGGCCUGCCCGCGAACCCCGCCGAGGCUCUGCGACACUUUGAAGAGGCGGCCGCGAACGGUGUCGCACACUCGCUGGCUAACCUUGGACUCAUGUACGCGAAUGGGAUGGGCGUGGAAGCCAACCCCGAACGCGCGGUGCAGUACUUUCAACAAGCGGCCGACCAAGGGAAUGCAUUUGCAGUGAAUGGCCUGGGCUACAUGUAUUGGACAGGCCAAGGUGUGACAAAAAAUACCACGAAAGCAGUAGCGUACUUUCAAAAUGCGGCCGAUUUGGGCUUCCCAGAUGCGCAUCAGUAUUUGGGUGCUGCCUACUUGGAUGGCACCGGAGUCAACCAGAACAAUUCGCUGGCAUUUUACCAUUUUUCGAUCGCUGCCAACGAAAGCGAUUCACGCCAGGCGUAUUUCAACCUCGGGAUCAUGCACUACAAGGGAUUGGGGACCCCUCGGUCGUGUCCACUGGCAGUUCAAGCGUUUCGACAAGUGGCGUGGCGCGCCGGACACUUUGACGACGCGCUGCUGUCCCCAGAACUGGGCCACGAAGCCUACACUCGCCGCGACUACCCCCGGGCGCUGCUGCAUUACUCGAUCUGGGCACUCGUGGGGGUCCCGCAGGCCGCGUGCAAUGCCGGAUUCCUCCUCGAUCAUGUCCACACUCAGCCAUUUGACACGACCCCGUCGCUGCAGCUCGCGAAAUCGCUCUAUGAAUCGGCCAAGGCGGACCCGGAAGCCCUGCGAAAGCUGGGUCAUUGCCACCGAGAUGGAUGGGCACACGCGUGCACGACCAAUGCCACCGCAGCGCUCGAGUAUUACGCCCAAGCAGGAACCCUCCACGACAGCGAAGCGUUGUACAGCGCGGGCAUGCUGUACACAACGAGAGGCGACUGGGACAAAGCGCAUCAAGCGUGGAACGUAUGCAGGAGCCAUGAGUUCCCGACCAACAUCCCGUGCAUUCUACCGGCCCUGGCCUUGGACAUGUGGACAGGAUUGGCGUGGAUGUGGACUUCGCUGCACGACGCUAUCGUCGUGUACUCAAUUUAA